AUGGAGGGCAACAGCCCGAAAGGAAGAGAGUUCAUCUCUCUCACACCUGUGGCCAAUGGUCUGGAGAACAUGGGGGCCGAGCUCUUGGAAAGUCUGGAGGAAGGCCGGACCCCUGGCAACGACUCAAGCCGUGCGGAGGGUGGGGACAUCUGGACCGAGGCCAGCCCGGAGCCCCUGUCAGGACAGAAGAGCCUGCAGCCUGCUCUGAGGGCCAGACGCUUCUGCCGGGAGCACACACAGCUGUUUCGAUGGAUCUGCACGGGCCUGCUCUGUACUGCGUUCGCUGCCUUCCUGCUGGUCGCCGGCCUCCUGGAUUUCCAGAGGGCCCUGGCACUGUUCGUCCUCACCGGUGUGGUCCUCGCCUUCCUGGCCCACAGCCUGCUGAAGAGGCUGCUGGGGCCCAAACUGCUGAGGUGUUUCAAGCCUCUGGGGCAUUGCCGCCUGAACGUCUGGUUUGAGAGGACUCUGGCCCUCGCUGCUUUCCUGGGCCUGGUCUCGUGGCUGGUUCUGGACACCUGCCAGCGACCCGAGCAGCUAGUGUCCUUUGCAGGAAUCUGCGUGUUCAUCUGCCUCCUCUUCGCCUGCUCAAAGCAUCACCGCACAGUAUCCUGGAGGACUGUGUCCUGGGGCCUCGGACUACAGUUUGCACUUGGACUCUUCGUCAUCAGAACAGAGCCAGGAUUUAUUGCAUUCCAGUGGAUGGGCAACCAGAUCCAGAUCUUCCUGAGCUACACGGACGCGGGCUCCAGCUUCGUGUUUGGGGAGGCCAUGGUCAAGGGAGUCUUUGCCUUUCAGGUUCUGCCCAUCGUUAUCUUCUUCAGCUGUGUCAUGUCGGUUCUCUACUAUGUGGGCCUCAUGCAGUGGGUGAUCCAGAAGAUCAGCUGGCUGAUGCAGGCCACCAUGGGCACCAUGGCCACUGAGACCCUGAGUGUGGCUGGAAACAUCUUUGUGAGCCAG